GACAAUCAGAGCUUGUUCCUUGUAGCAAAACCUGGCUGCUCACCUAUCCGCCUCCCGUUUGUCUUCCAAUAAUACCAAUACCAGAAGAUGAAAUUAUGGCCAAGGAUUCUAUUAGAAACGAGCUUUUCCUGGCCUUGUGUCUUUCACCUCGGCCCGGCUCUGGAGAUCAGGGCGGAGGUCGCUUCUUGAGGGUCCCCUGGUUAGUCCAAGCCGCUUGCAGCCCGGGGACCGCGCCUCGCCCCUUCCACCGGCCGGUUGCGCCCGGCUGGGCAGGAUAAGGUUACGCUGGGGCUUCCCGGGUCGGAAGGGAGGGAGGCGGGUCCGAGCCCGUGCCCCGGCCCGAGGGGGAGUUUCCAGAGUUGGCAGCUCGGGCCUGCGGGGCCAUCCCUGCUGGGCCAGGAGCUGCCUGCGGGACCCUGAGUGCAGUCCCGGCCCACCCCCGCCAUGGUCCGGGAGAGGCCUCCCGGGAGGAGCUGCGGCGCCCUGCACCGGUGCCUGCUCGGCGCCGCGCUGCUGCUGGGCCUGCGACUCUGCGUCGAGCUGAGACGCGCCGGGUCGGGACCCUCAGUCCACAGCGCCCCGCGAGGCCACAUCCCCCGACCACCCGGGCCGCACCUGCCACCAGCGCCCGUCCCGCCGCGCGGUGCAAGCAAGAGACAGGUGACCUACGUGCGCAGCGGGCGCAGAGCACCGCCGGGGGGCGGCGGGAGCGGGACGCCGGAGCCAAGCUGCUGUGCCCCUCGCGGGCGGCCCCGCCAGAAGGGUCCCCGGUGGCAUAUAGAGCUCCAGCCUUGGGCAGGCCCUGCUCAGUCCCUGGAUGAAGAAGCCUUGAGGUUCCUGCAAUACAUCAGCACCACCCAGAUUGCAUGUGAUCACAUGAGUACAGACGGCUUGGCUACUGACUCCAGCUCUGCCAAGAAGCCCUGGUUGGUGUGUCUUGAUGACAGGUUUGGCUUAGCUCAUCAAAUCCGCAGCAAGCAGUGCCGCCUCUAUUCUUUAGGGCUGGGAAGCGAUGAUACUCAUUUUGAGGUGAGCAUGGCCAACGAGGGAUGUGAAGUGCAUCGUUUUGAUCCUAGUGUCAAAUCAGCUCACAUUCUGGAAAGUCAGCGCCUCUGGUAUCACCGCUUGUCCAUCGAUUGGCGGGAUCCCCAUCCAGCUGUUGCUGCCCCAAAAUUACAUAGCAACACCAGAAAACUGGGAAGCAUUUUGAAUGAAUUUGGACAUCACAAGAUUGAUGUUCUCAAGGCAGAUCUGGAAAGUGCAGAAUGGAAAGUUUUGGAAAAUCUUAUUCUGGAAGAUGUCCUUGAACAGAUUGGACAGCUCAUCUUUGAGAUUCAUCUCCACUGGCCUGGGUUUGAGGUCAGCGGCAGUGACAGCAGCGUCGUGCGAUUCUGGUACAGCCUCCUCAAAGAGUUAGAACGGAAGGAUUUCAGGCUUUUUUACAGUUAUAAGGAUUUAUCUAAACCUCAGCUAUUUCUGAAGAAAGACAUUUUCAAUGCUAGUAGCUGUUACACUCUGAGUUGGGUGAAUACAAGAUGGAAAUAGGAUGCAGGACCUCAUCCAGAAUCCAAGGAAAUAUUUGCAAAAUGGAGCAUGUCUGUGCUUCUAAUCCCAGAUUUGCCCAACCAGCCUCCCACUGACCCUUUACCUGCUCAAGACAGGGAUUGUGGUAUUGUCUGUGCAGUGCAUGUACCCUGGUGCUUGGCGUAUGAUAAGGGCACAGUUGAAGGGAUGGACAAGUUUGCUUAAACUCAGACUCUUUGCCUUUGACAGAGUGUAAUCCCCCACUCAUUCCCAAGAAUCGUCAUGUAUCUAUAGCCCAUGAGUUCACCAACAUUAAAAUGAAAUUAUGUAAAUUUUCCAUUUUUAGUAGGUUGAUGAUGAGAAUUCUUAAGUUUAUUGUCCAAUGUUUAAAAGUGACUUUGACUCACUUCUUUCAAGGUUUCCUUUGUUGACUUAAUCAAUCAUAUUCUUUGCAACCUGAUGGAUUUCAACCAUUGUUUCUCAGCCUUUGCUGAGGCUUGUUGUGGCUUUAUAAGAACCACUGAUUCUGGUUUCUUGGAAUCAGAUGCAUUAAAUUCUGUCACUGAGUUUAAAAAAAUAGACCAUCAAGGGCUUUGAUCGAGAUUCUCAAUCUCAAAUUCCUUUUGCUUCCUACAAAAUUUAGCAUAUGUAGAAAACUGUUGCCUCUUCUGUCUAUGGACAUGACUGCUCCUCCCCCCAGACUUGCCUAUACUGUUAAAUCUUUUUUUAAAUACACUACCUUGAAUGUAAAGUACAUUUUUCUUUAUUGCCAGUGGCAUUUUUUAUAAGACUGUAGCCCAUAAUCUGUUUUUCCUAGAAUAGUAUUAUAGUGUUUCAGUGUUUCUAAACUUUUUUACAUUUUUAAAAAUUAAGUAGAGAAUGUAGGCUCUCCAUUGUUCAUAUAAUCUCCAUCAUCCCUAUAUGCAGGAACAGACUCUCCUAUGAAUGAUUUUUUAAAAUUCUCUUUUGAAUAAAGUGGUAGUAUAAAAAUAAACCAAAUUAUGCCUUAUUAUAAAUUAGGAAUUUUUUUUUAACAUCCUGAGAGGGUGUGAAAACUCUUAUGUAUAUUGUUUGUUCAAAAAAUUGGCAGCGGGGGAGUAGAACACUGAAUAUUGCCAUGGUUUUUCCUUCUUGCAGGUUUUUACUUGCUUCUGCCUUCAGAUUCCUUGGUUGGAUUUUUCUUUAUUGCAACAAUUUGAAAAUACCAUUCCUCAAGUGAGAACCAACAUAGAAUAGAACGAUCUAACUUGAGUUCAAAAGAGAACAGAACUUCUGAAUUAAUUGUGACUAUUUUUAAAGGUAUAAAUGAAGUUUUGAUUUGAAACUCACAGUACACUAAUAAAAGUUGUUGGAUUGAGAGGAGCAGCUUAAAGAAGUAUAAUUUGAAAUGGCAGCUCAGUCUCUUUGAUGUGCAUAGGUAUUUCAAAUGUGCAGAAGGGUCCAUAAACUAUUAGUUUGUAUGCUGUCCUCUCCUAAGCAAAGCUCACUUUAUUCAGUCCAGUUCCACUUGAAUUAUGUCAAUUUUUUUUCUUCAUAAAAAUUUUAUACACUGAAAUACAUAGUAUAUAUUCUUAUAUUGUACAGUGUGGAGUAUGCUAGUUUUAAGUAUGCAGCCUCAUCAACUUUUAGAUGUAUACACACCCAUAUCAAGAUUUUUAAUUCAAAGAAUUAAUUUAAGGCAUUACUGAAAACUGUUUUGUAUAAGGCCAGUUAACCAUUUGUUCAAGAUUGAUGGUGCAGAACAUCUACUUCAUCACUCUCUAUAUCUGAAGUAAGAAUGGAUGUAAUGUUAAAAAAAAAUCACAAACACACCAACCUAUACCCACUAACUAGGCAGCCUGUUCAAUAGUGAUCCAUACUUAUUUAUGCUUAUUUCCCUUCAUGGAUAGUUGAAAAUUACAAUGAAUAUUCUGAUGCCUGUCUCUAGAAACCCUGUCUCUAGAGUUGAUUAUGUUUGUCAUGUAGACCAGGUUUUCCUAACCUUUCCACUAUACUAUUUUGAGCUGGGUAAUUCUUUGAUGGGGAUGGGAAGACUAUACCAUGCAUUGUAGGAUUUUUAGCAGCAUCCUUGGCCUCUACCUACUAGAUGGCAGGAGCAAAAACCUCUUCCCCACAAGCUAUAACAACCAGAUGUAGUUCCCAGACAGUGCCAAAUGUCUCCUAGGGGGCAAAACCACUCACUGUGGAGAAGUACUGGUGUAGGUCAUGAGAAGGGGAUCAGGUUACCACAGCAUGGUGUUUGCUUUUAAAAAACCGGCAAACACAACAUCCUCUUGGAAGGAAUAGACAAAACAAUAACCAUCCCCACCAGAACCACCACAAAAGCAGCACAAACAAAAUGCAGCAAGUGAACAAAAAUCAAGAGUUAAUUGCCAAGAUCUUACAAUAUGCCAGGUACCUUGCUUAGGUUAUUUCAAAUUCUGGCCACAACCCCAAAAGUAAGUAUAAUUUCCCCAAGUGUAUGGACAAAGAAACUCUGAGCCUGGCACAGUGGCGCAUGCCUGUAAUCCUAGUGGCUAGGGAGGCUGAGGCAGUAGGAUCUCGAGUUCAAAGCCAGCCUCAGCAACUUAGUGAGGCCCUAAGCAACUCAGUGAGACCCUGUCUCUAAAUAAAAUACAAAAUAGGGCUGUGGAUGUAGCUCAGUGGUCGAGUGCCCCUGAGUUCACUCCCUGGUACCAAAGGAAAAAAAAAAUUGAAUGUUACUUAGCUUAUUCCGAUUAUUCUACUAGUAGAUGGUAGAACAGAAAACUACCCUUUGGUCUAUCAGAUCCCCACAAAUACCAUGCCUGUUUCCCACCAUGAUCUUUGUAGCCAUUAUCAAAUGCAAAAUGCCACAUUUGAAGGCACUUUUUUGCCUGUUAGUGGGAAAAAAAAAUGGAGGAGGGAGGAGUGUGGAUAUAAUUUUGUAGCAUAUAGAUAGAUUUCUUUAACUUGAAUCAUCUAUGUAAUCAAAGUAUGCCCAUCAAAUGGAGGCUUACUGAAGAAAUAUGGAACCCAGAUUCUCUGUUAAUAUAGUUAGACUGCCAGUAAAGCUCUUGCCAGGCCUUGGAGGGUCUUUUGCCCAGGCUUGUUCCAAUACUUGGUACUUUCCUCCCAGGCUUUAGAAAGGGCACAUAUGAAUUUGCUGCUUUGUUUAAAACUUGUCUUUGACCUGCAAAUGAAUGAGCUAAGUUGGGAACAUCCGUGAUAUGCAUGUCUUUAAUUAACUCUUACCAGCGUAGUGUAUUUCAUAAAUGAUUCUGAAAAUACAAAUUUAAUGAUGUUUUGAUCAGAUUAUUUUUUAAAAUUUGCACUUUUUUAGGGAUAAGACAUAUGAGGAUGUAAGAGAUUCUGAAGUCACCUUUUAGCACAAACUCUGUGUCAUGAUUUGAGCUGAAAGUCAAGGAAAAGUUUUCCCCUUCCUCUUUUCUUAUUGUGAUUCCAUUGGUGCAGUUAUAAUAGGUUAUCAUAUAAAUAUUUGUAACUGUUUGACAUGUUCACAUGAAGAGAGCCAGGGAAAAGUGAAUGAACCUCUAUUAGAAUCGACUAAUAUUUACAUAAGGGCAGAACAAAAGUAAUGCAUGAAUUUACCGUAUUUAGUCCAAAUCUGUUAUUCAUGUAAGCAUUUCUACAUUAGUUAUAAGAUCUUUUAAUAAAUACAGUCCAAUAUUUGAAUUUCUUAAGUAUUAAAUGUUUGGAUUUUGCAAAGCUUGGAUUAAGCCAGGAAGUCAGGUUCAUAAUAUUUUGCCAGUUGAAAAAUCAAGCCCUUGUAUGAACAGAUGAUUUUACUUGACAAUACAACAAUACCUCCAAAGCUCAAUUAAUGUAAUUGUUCUUUUCUGCUGGCAAUAAAUUUAUGUUUGCUUUUCAUGCAAUAAUUCUUUUCAUGCUAGCCAAUUGCUGGCACUUUGGGAAUUCAAUAAUUGCUUUAUGCUCAAAAAUUUUCCUUUUACUUACCUUGAAAGAGGUGUUUUAAUUUUAUUUAUAUGAAAUCAUAACCCAAAGAAUCAUCUAUAUUUUUAAACCUAUCUAAAUUUAGAGAUUAUUAAAUUUUUAAAAAAUAAUUUUGUUAAAUUCCUGUCCUUAGAAAAAUAAAUCAAGCAGACUUAGUGUCAUUGCACUUGCCUAGCAUGUGUGAAGCCCUGGGUUUUAUCUUUAGCACCACAUAAAAAAAAUCAAAUCAAAUAAAGGCCUUCUGUCCAUCUACAACUAUAAAAAAAUUUUAAAAUACUAUAACUGUCUUAGUGAUUGAUUUUGUACAGUAAGCUUGGAUAAGGGACUUUUUUGUGGGUGACAACUUCAAAUUCUAAUCUAGACUAUUUUAAUAGAGAAGCCAAGACUGAUAUCUAAUCUAUAUGUAAGCAGAAAAGAUCUAUUGAACAACAUGGUGAUUACAGUAAAUAAUGAUGUAUUGUAUACUUGAAAAUUGCUAAGAGCAGAUUUUAAAUGUUUUCAGCACCCCAAAAUGAUAAGAUGUUGAUGGCAUGAUUGAGUCAUUCUUCAAUGUUUAUGUAUACAAAAAUAAUAUCUUGUACACUAUAAAUGUACAUAAUUUUUACCUGUUAAUUAAACAAGUAUGUCCCAUGAAAUACUUUGGAUAUAUUGUUCAUGCAAAAUGAAACAAAACCACCAGUAGAGCUAUAGAGGUUGGUAAAAAGGCUGUGGUCCUGAGUUCUACAGUGGUCCUUCCAUUGUAGGUCUCUCUCAGGAUGCCUGACCUCUCCAUAGUAGAGCAAUUAAAGGUUAAUGCACAGUUAAUGACACAAUUAGAGGUUAAUGUACAGGCAGCCUCUUGGACCCUGACUCACACUGUGGCUAGGGUCUAUUCUAACUGGUUUGUCUUCUAUCUUACUUGUUAUUGGAUAUAGGGUAUAUCAAUAUUUACUCCUGGAUGGACAUUAGAAAGAUGUAUAAGAAAAAAAGUUCAAAUGUGUUCUGCAACAUUGAUGAGAAACUACAAUUAUGUAUGAAUAAAAUAUUAUCUGUAUUAUUAUUUCUCAAGGAUUGAUGUCAGAUCAAACAUCAUUUGCUCAGGGACCCCCUCCUUAAGAUCUUCAACUAUGUGUCCCCAGGGACCUCUAUUCUUUCUAUUUUCACUCUUGUUGUUCCUUAAUGUAUCUGCUUGUAUUAUGUUGUUUUGACCAGCAGACUGUAAGCUCCAUGAAGGUAAGGGCCAUGUCCGUAGUCCCAGUGCCUAUUAUGGAACCUGCUAGUUAAAAGGUGCUGAACAAAUAUUUGUUGAAUAUAAAUUUUAAGAGCUCUUUCAUAUAGAAUUUUCCUAUGAAAUUAUUUCACCAUCGUUUUCUAUUGUUUUUUUCCUCUAGCAUUAAAAAUGUUUGGAAAUUAAA